GCUCGUGCUUGCCCCAGUUGACCGCAAUGACAUUGUCGGCGGCCAGGGAAGACGGAUCACGCCGACCGAAUUUUUGGAAAGGGACCCGGCAGAGUUCAACUGGUACGCUGUCUGUGGUCAGCAUAACGUUUGAGGCCAUGAAGAGAUUGGUCAGAAAGGACUCCUCGACAGUUAAAGUUUAUGGCCUCAACGCGUACUCUAAGGUGCGGGUCGUCUAUUUAGGAGAUGAUCAAACACGACGGUAUUUCAAUGUCUCCUGCUUCGACAACACACGCGAAAAUCACUCCAUGAUGUUGUCAUUCGAGGACGUUGUCCGUGACAUCAGGCAAUGGUGGAUAGACAACAAUAGAAUCGAGGUCCCCAAAGCCAAGGUCAUCGAGAAGGAUAAGGUGGCCGUUGCACAUCAGAAGACGUGGCAAAACUUCUUGAGGGCCUGCAUGGGGAAGGCAUGCGAUAAGGCAUUUGUAAAGCAAGCUCUCGAGAAUGAGUACAGUAAGGAUUGUAGUAAUAAACUCCGGGGCUACAUGAACCUCGCCACAUCUAGUGUUGCAGUGUGGCCGCUGGUCGAGAGGUUCUUCGAGAUGUUCAACGAAGGAAAGCUAUCAGUUGGCGAUUGCAAAAUCCCGCUUGACAUGCCCGGUAGGAUGGAAGGCCGCCUGCCAGGCCCGUACACCGACAAGACCAAGGGACAAAGAACAUUGUACCAUUGCAUAUAUGCAACAGAUGGUCCCAAAGGCUCCACCGUGUCGUGGAAGGAUCUCCGUCCUUCCUACUUCAAAAAUUUUGGGGAUUUGACAUGUCGUGAGAGGGAAGUUGCGUUGCUCCUGCUCAUGAAGGGGAAGGUGGUCGCAACGAACGUUAAGGUCUUGCCUCCAAGAGUGAACACAGAGUGCCUCCUCGACAUCAUGCGAAAGGAGCGGUACAUGGUGCGUAUGUUCAAUUAUGUUCUGUUCCGCGCGGAGGGAAGGGCGGACGACGAAUGGAACGACGCGUUCUUCAUGUCGUACAAGGACCUUGAAGACAGGUAUGGGCCAAACGGUUUGUGCGUUGCUGAAUGGGAGAAGGAACGGGACAAGUUAUAUGUCAAUAAGGUGAAGAUGGUCCCUCGACGACUUGGAGGAGUGGAGGAGGCAAGGCAAGGUGCGGGUUUGGGGCCUACGACGACAAUGUAUAAGGAGGCUCCGUUUCACCUUAAGCUCUUCAUAUACACUGCAAUCGAUAAGCUCGAUUUGCUUCGCGCCGAGGUGAAACGGAUCGCCUCCAGCGCGCUUCACAUUGUGUGCGACAAGCUUGGCAAACAAACGACGUUGCUACCUGUGUGCAUGCCAUCGAAGGAAGUGUUGGCAGCGCCAGACGACAUCGUCGCUGCAACGCAAAAAAUGACAUGCAGGGCCGCCAUCGUGGACAUCCCAUCCUCGAACUUCAGCACAGCGUGGACCUCUCACGAAUUUGAUGCCUUGCACACACUGAUGACCAAGUGUUGUGGCCAGAAUCGGAUCCUUUUCUUCUUUGCGCCGCAUAAGGUGCAAAGCGAUGUUCUGCGUCACUUGUUCCGAUGGGAGGACGUCGAAGUCAUCCCCGGGACCUGGAAACGGGUGGACAGGCCGCUGAACGACAUCACACGAUACGGCAAUAUGGCUAUGACGAGUCGAGAUAUGAUGGCCAUUGUCCUGCACGCCGAGGGAGGGGAUCUAAAAAAAGCAGGGCAGAGGGAGGAUGACGGGACUACUGUGGUGAAGACUCAAGAGGUUCACAUGACGUCUAUGCCGCAAAUCUCCGUCGCCAUGACAAAACCGUCCAAACGCAUGGAUGUGUCAAACGCAUUGUCGUCAGAUGCAGGUGCCACGUACGGGAGUUUAUUACUAACAUGCGCCGCAUUAGAAGGCACAUCCGAAAUGCAGUCAGAGUCAGGUGUUGGCCUGAGCGUGCCGGACAAUCAGUUGCAACAGGAGUUAUGCACAGGCAAAGGUGAUGCACAAUCACCGCUGACACCACAGGGAGGGGCCGCUGCUGAUGGUGGGAAGGGAGGGGAUGUGGAGAAAAUCCUCCAUUCUCGCAAUCUUGAGACCUUAACCGAUGAUUUUGAUUAUGAGGAUGAGGGUGGAAAUGACGUGGUCAAUACGAGGGGAUUGUGAAAUGAUCAGUGAGGCGGGAGGGGGGCAAUGAAGAGGGAGAAACCAACGAUAUGAUUACAAUGUUAUUCUUUUCUUUGUUGAUUGAAAUCGCACAAUUGACUCGUUUGUUUUUAGUUCCAAAUGAAACUAGUAUUAGUCU